AUGACGACCAGUACCAUUCAUCCACAGUCCAUUGCGACAGAGUUUUGUCGAUGUGACGUAACUCUGCCGGGGUCCAGUAUUUCUCAAGAAUCAAUACGUAGCCUUCGGGAGGUAGAAAUGGAGAAGGACAGCGGCUGUUCUUCGUACAGAAGAAUCGCAAGGCACUGGAAAAUGAUUAUAAUCAUUUUGAUACCUGUAUUAUCGCUGAUGUCUCUCGCAACAAACAGUCUUCUGAAAGCAGCAAAGGUCAAGAAAGCUUCAGAGAAUUCAAUUCACAAGGUAAAAGCUGCACAUUUGUAUGCAAAUUUGAUCCAAAUGCUACAGAGAGAAAGAGGAAUAUCCUCCACAUAUUUGAGCACCUCUGGUGACAGAUAUUUAUUGUUGGAUACCAUGCUGACAGCAAGGAAGAACACAGACCUAGCCUUUGCCAGAAUACCUCCAAAUCAUCUUGCCAUUAACUUGUAUGGGAUAUCACAUACAAUUGUAAAAGUUCAAGAAAGUAUUCAUUUAUCAAGGGAGAAGAUUGAGAAUGGGUCUGUUUCGGUUCAGGAUCAUUUAACUUUCUACACGAAGAUUAACAAUGGGUUGUUGAGCAUUAUGUUUAAUGACGUUCGCAUUCCAGGGGAGUGGAACUGCGUUCUGGACAUUGUAGCAUUUACAGCUCUUAUAAGAUGGACAGAUGUAAUUGGACUUUUGAGUGCUAGAAUAGCAUUCCAAUAUGCAACUUGUGAAUUUUCUUCAGAGGCAUUACAGAAUCAUUUGUUCUUGACUGGGGAAGCAAGGGGUUAUAAAAAUAUAUUCACACAGUACAAUCCUGGAAUGAGAACUGCAUUUUCAUUAGAAAAUCAGAACACGGAAAGGUAUUUGGAGGAAGUGAUAAAUUCGGCUUGGUCUGAAUCAUUUCUGAACUCUUGUAAAACAAAAGCGAAAGAAGAUCGUUUAUCUUUGGGAUUAACAUAUUUUCAAAACAUGACAAAAUUAAUCGAUUAUGCUUUUGAGAUCCAGCAACUCAAGUCCAAAGAUUUAACAGGCAAGAUGUUAGAAAUACGAAAAGAUGCCGAAUUCCAGUUUAACAUAUACCUCACUGUUGAGGCCAUCAUAACUACUGUAAGCAUCAUUUUAACAAUAUGGUAUAUAUUGUGCAACGAGAACGUGACAUUUAAAAUAGCAAAUAAUGCUGUUAUCAUAAAAUCCAAGGCCAAAGAGUUAGACGCAGAAAAAAAAGUUACAGAAAGACUGCAAUACCAAAUGUUAUCUAAGAAAAUUGCCACAGGGUUAAAAGAGGCACGAACUAUUACUACCGAAAGCUUUGAAAAUGUGACCAUUUUCAUCAGUGACAUCAUGAAUUUUACAGAACUUGAAACAAGAAGUACAGCAAGACAGAUCAUCGAUCUACUUAAUGAUUUAUAUGGGUUAUUUGAUAGCGAAGCAGAGAAGUACGAUGUCCACAAAAUAGAAACAUUUGGAGACUCUUACAUGCUAGCUAGUGGAGUGCCAGAUAGAAAUGGCAGUGCACAUGCUCUCCAUAUUUGCAAUUUGGCCCUUGAUCUGCAUGACAUCAUGAAAAGAUACCACGUUCCUUUUCAAACAUUUGAAAGAAAUGAAUUCUUUAAAAUCCGGAUUGGAAUUCAUUCAGGACCUUGUGUAGCUGGAGUUCUUGGAUUGAAAAUACCUAGAUAUUGUUUAUUUGGGGAAACAGUAAACAUUGCAAAAAGAUUAAAAUCUACCGGGAGAGGAGGGAAAAUCCAUAUAAGUAGCAAGACAUAUCAAUUGAUAAAAGAAACGGGCCAUUUUACGGCUUUAGAAAGAGGAAAUGUCAUGAUAAAGGGAAAAGGAUCACUGAAGACGUUUUGGCUAGGAUCAUCAGCACAGAAUGCGAAUGCAAAAAUAUGUGAGAGAGAUUGA